AUGGACCAUUUUCCAUCUGCUUGGGGCCGUCCGAGAAACGACCAGAAUGACAUGUACAACACAUAUCCUAUCCACCAACGCCCGUCCAGUCACACAAACACCUUCACUGAGGGCGUGCAGCGUACACAGCAGCCCAUUGUCACUGGUACCAGUGUCCUCGCAAUCCAGUACAAGGAUGGGAUUAUGAUGGCUGCUGACAAUCUCGCAUCAUAUGGCUCUCUUGCACGUUUCAAGGACAUACAGCGUCUGCACCCAGUUGGCCCAAGCACUGUCAUCGGUGCCUCAGGCGACAUGUCCGAUUUCCAACACCUACAGCACACCCUUGAUGCUCUCAUUACGGACGAAUUCACCCAGUCUGACGGUGAGGCCAACGCUCUUGGUCCUGCGGAGGUCCAUGAGUAUCUCUCUCGCGUUCUAUACUCAAGGCGUUCGAAAAUGGAUCCUAUUUGGAACGCCCUGCUAGUGGGCGGUCUACAAGAUGGAAAACGAUUUCUGGCAUACGUUGAUCUCCUGGGAACUACCUAUUCAGCACCUUCUAUAGCUACAGGCUACGGCGCUCACAUCGCCAUUCCUCUCCUCCGAGAUGUGGUUGAUGGGCACCAAGAUACGCUCACUGAAGAAGAUGCCCGUCAGCUCUUACAUGACUGUAUGCGCGUGCUCUACUAUCGUGAUGCACGUAGUUUGGACAAGAGCAACAGCUUCACUGCAUCGUAUUCCAUAUCGCUAUACCAACUUGCUACGGUCACAGCCACGGGCGUGUCCAUCUCCGAUCAGAUAAAGCUCGACACAACCUGGGCUUUUGCCGAGGGCCUUCGAGGUUACGGUGCACAGACGCAAUAA